AUGGGAAAGAACCGCGAGAGCCAACAGGAUAUUAGACCCGCAGCUCCUCAAAGGCCUUCAAUCGCCGCAGCUGCCAAGUGCACCAAGAUUAUCGACAUUCAAGGAAUGGACGAUGUUGAACUGCUAACUGAUGGGCUUGACGAACCUAUCGAAACUGAGCUUCCGAAGGCUCCACGUCUUACUGCACCGCAAAGUGCAGUCUCCAGCCGGGCAACAUCGCCAGUCAGACCUGAGCGAGCGUUUAUGCUCCACAGCGUAUCAGUCCCUGCCUCCCCAGAGAAGUUCUCCUCACACCCUCCUCAGAACCUGGCAUCGUCGCUUCCCAAAAUCUCCGGCCUUGAUGCGGUUGUGGAGACAGCUCCGCGGGUCUCGAAUCCAGCUCGCAUCAAAGUUGUGGUUCGGAAGCGACCCAUUAACAAAAAGGAGCGUUUGCGAAAGGAGUACGACGUUAUAUAUAUUGAGGAACCAAGGACCCUAACCGUUCGCGAGCCGAAAGUGAAGGUCGACUUGACGGCUUACGAAGAGACGCACAAGUUUGUCUUCGACGCUGUGCUGGAUGAAACAGUAACCAACGACGAGGUAUAUCGCGAAACCGUGGAGCCCAUUGUUCCUACGAUAUUCAUGCGAACCAAAGCGACUUGCUUCGCAUAUGGUCAGACAGGGAGUGGUAAGACCUACACGAUGCAGCCUCUGCCACUGAGGGCUGCACAGGAUAUGCUGAACAUCAUCAACCUGGAACGCAACAAAGAUUCCAACUUCCAAUUGUGGAUAAGCUUCUUCGAGAUCUAUGGUGGCAAGCUCUUCGACUUGCUCAAUGACCGAGCGAAGCUACAAAUGCGCGAGGAUGGGAGGCAGCAAGUGUGCAUUGUCGGCUUGAAGGAGGUCAAUGUUGUCUCCGUUGACACCGUUUACGAGCUAAUAUCCAGGGGAAGCUCCGCAAGAAGCACUGGCACGACCGGUGCGAACGAAGAGUCGUCGCGAAGUCACGCCAUUCUCCAGAUGGUUAUUAGGCAGAAAAUUCAGCCUGACAAGACACAGGCGCGACGAGCCAGGAGGUCACUUGGGGGCGCGGACGAGAAGGACACCAUGGGAAAACUCGUGGGCAAGUUUUCGUUUAUUGACCUCGCGGGCAGUGAAAGAGGCGCUGAUACUACGGAUAAUGAUAAGCAGACCAGGAUGGAAGGAGCAGAGAUCAACAAAAGCCUUCUGGCUUUGAAGGAGUGCAUUCGCGCACUUGACAUGGAACAAAACCACAUUCCGUUCCGUGGUAGCAAGCUGACUGAAGUGCUGCGUGACUCCUUUGUGGGCAACUCUCGAACGGUGAUGGUAUCGUGCAUUUCUCCAGGAUCAGCUUCAGUCGAGCACACUCUGAACACUCUGCGCUAUGCUGACCGAGUCAAGAGCCUUUCAAAGGGCAACAAGAAGGAUACUGGGGGCUCCAGCAUUCCCAGUACUAUGGUUUCAUCGAAGAGCUCAACGACCACUGGAAGGGUGCAGCAGCCAGCCCCAGUCUACUUUCCUGAACCAUUUGGUGAGGAGACGAGCUCAGCAACUGAGAAGCGUCCGAGAUAUGAAAGCAUUCCGAGAGUUGCAUCUGCCUCUGGUUGCAUUCCGAGAGUUGCAUCUGCCUCUGAUCCUGGUCGUUUCAGUAUUGGAGGCCGGCAGUCUGCAGUGGAGGGAGGGAUGUUUAAGGAGAAGAAUGCCAGCAAGCUAGUUGAAGAGAUUGUAGAUGACAUGGAGCUGGACAAUGACAGUGCUGAGGUUGUUGGAACCCUGCUUGCUGACCUGGAAGAAGGAGUAAGCUCCAUGGAUAGCCUUUGUGGGGAGGUCGAACGAUCGCGCAUUCCGUCAGAUUCGGCCAUGGAGGUCUCUGAUCCAACGCAGCCUGGCAAGGACCCUAACAUGCUAGGUGCGAAUGAGUCAACCUUCCUCUCCAGCUUCACAAAAUCAUCUGUUCCAUCCACCAGGCCCUUCCGUUCAACCUUAGGCUGGUCUGCAGGGUCGUCGUCCAGGGCUUCUGCUGGUGCCUCAGCUGCUUCAGGAGGCCAGGCUGCUGCUGCACCAGUGAAGGAAGGAAACAAUUCGAGACUCCUGCGUCGAACCACGUCCAUUCCAUCUGCCCCUGGUGUGACUGAUAAGGCAGCAGAGGCCGGCCAGUCGGCUGCUGAGCUUCAGACAAGCUCAGUUCUGGUUGCAAAAACAGUUGAUACCUCUGCAAGCAGCAGGCCUUCCGCAGCAAGUGACAACUCUUCAGAGGAAGAUGCGAGCAACAAGGCUGAGCCAGCAGUGCGCAGGAAGCAGCCUCCAAGGAAAGCAAAAACUGCUGGAAGGUUGCAAAGACAGGAGGUAUCUGAGGUGUCGGAGUCCUCGAGUGAGCUCAUUGAGGCAUCUGAUCCACUCGCUGCCAAACACAAGCCUUCGCCUGAGAUUGCCCAUAUCAUUUCACUCCAUGAGAGGCUCGUCAAGCAAUACUCCGCAUUGGAACAACGGGAAAUGAAGAUGCUUGAUCAAAUCAGAGCGGGGGACGGCAGUUUCGAUGUUUACCUUUUGGAGACUGGGAGGAUUGUUGCUGAGAAAAUGUCCAGCCUUGCACAGCUGCAAGCUGAGAUUGCCAAGUUCCAGUUUACCAGGAGAUAG